GGUCAAAUUCGCGAUGUUAUAUCUUGUAGAGCUACCGUCUCAGACGGUUCAUUUUACUCGGUUAUCAUGAAUUCAUCGGCCGCAGGAACCGCUACCGGGUUGAAGACCUCUAAAUCUCAGCGAGUGAGAGAGUUUCUCCCAUCGUUUAGGCCUUCUUAUUUGUCAAUUUUUCUAGCAUUUGUCUCUGGAGUUCUUUGGCUAAAAAAUGAAGCUGUAAAUGAUCGUCUUUUACUGCUUGAAAAACAAGUAACGUCUUUGACAGACGGAUAUCGGGUCUUUCCUCUGACUUCAACAAGCGAACACAUUCCUCCAACAAACGAAGCCAAGGAAGCCAAGCGACAUAGAGUGAUAUCAGGUAUACGUAAAAUCGUCCUUGAAAUAAUAGUUUCAUGCUUCCUCUACACCUUUUUCGUCUGAACAGCUGCUGAUACCAAUAAUCAGAAUGCUGGCUAAUAACAGCCUGGGGAUACUUCCCCAGAAAUUCAGUCUUCAUUUUCGUUUGAGACGCAUGACCGAAUCUUUUAGAUAGUUUCCCAGCAAGCCUGGCACAAAUUAUUUCAAUGACUUGCAAGCCAUGGUCAAGGUUCUGAGGCCAUAAAAUACAAAAUUAUGUUGAAGCGAAAUGAUCCUUUUCUCCCCGUUUUCGCCAUAAGGAUCAGUUUCGUCUGGCUGUUAGAGGGCCUGUCGUGGCCGGUGUAAAUAAAUUAUCUUCACCGGAAAUCCCAAUUGACACUUUAUUUUUAUACUUCGCAGAUCCUCUUAAAACAUCUUCUAUUAAACGAUCUCGCAGGCACGCUCUGGACAACACAACAAGGAUUAUUACUUCUGAGGAUAUUAGCGUUGAAAUUGCCUUCCAACUAGGGAAAUACUGCAAAUCCAGUGAGAGAGUAUGCCCAGCAGGACCCCCCGGACGCCCUGGUCCAAGAGGUAGAAGAGGAUCCCGUGGCAGUAGGGGACCAAAAGGGAACAAGGGAAACAAAGGGCUUCAGGGAAGCGUUGGACCACCAGGUGUAGCUGGAAAAACGGGAAUUGUCGGCCCAGUAGGACCUAGAGGAGAGAAAGGAGACCAGGGUGACACAGGAUCACCAGGAAUAAUCGGAAUUCCCGGGGCGCGCGGAGAAAAUGGAACAGUAGGACCUCCGGGACCCGGGGGAGAAAAAGGAAAUAAAGGGGAACCAGGGCCAAAAGGAGUGCGGGGACCUCCAGGUAAACCCGGAGAUAUGAUCGCCUUACCGAACGUGACGGUGACGCCGAUGGAAGUCACAGUCGAUGAAGGAGACAACAUAACGUUUCAAUGCCUCAUCAGUGGAAAUCCUACACCUAAUAUUUACUGGAAGUUUGAAGGCGUUAGGCUGUUAACUGGGUUCAAGUACUCUAUGGACUCGGGUAAACUGUUUAUAAACCAGGCAAAUUUCUACGAUACCGGAGAGUAUUCUUGCGUGGCGAACAGUGCAUUAGGUUCAGACGAAUCAGUUGGAAACUUAACAGUACGAGGUAAGUCUGAAAGAUGCCGUUCGUCGUCAGUUUUAAUUCUCAGAAAAUCUGACAAGAAAAUUAAAGAAAAUCACUAUACCGUUAAGAAAGUUUGACUGACAGGUUCGCUUUUGACCACAGAACGGUAUAGCGAACUGUUUCAGAAGCCUCAAAGUUUUACUAUAAUAAAUAUACAUCAAAUACUGACGUGCAAAAGCGUAGCACAGGGACCGAAGCAUAUCCCUCUGGCGACCGCCAGUGAAAUUAGCAAAUAUUUUCCUGUUUAUACUAUUACAUGAGAAAUUUCUGCAAUUUGAUUGGCUUAGAGCAGUGGUAUUUCAGCUUAAUUUGAAAUACCUACAUGUGAAAAUUACAAACCUUUAGCGGGUAGUAGUAUAAACAAAUAAUAGCAUGAUUUGUACGUGAUAUUUAGCAUAAAUACCACUCGUGAUACUUUAAAAUUGUCUCAAAUUUCACUCGCCUAACGGCUCGUGAAAUUACUUAUAACAAUUUUGAAAUAUCACUCGUGGUAUUUAUCCCAAACAUCACUACUAAUCAUGCUAUUACCUAUACUAAUUGGACGUAAUUAUAAUAAGCAGGGUUUUUUUUGCCGGAGCAUGCGCUUAAGAUAAAAUUUGUACUAACACGAAUCUUCUUCGAUCUUUCUUUUUGGCUUUCUUUUGCCCUCUGCCUUUCAGCUUUUUUGUUAGUUUUUGUAGCCAGGACGAAAUGAAAUUUAAUCUUCAAAGAGUAGUAGAUGAAUAGGAAAAUUGGUAGUGGAUUUUUCCUCAAAAUGUUACUUGGUUUUCUAAGUGCAACUCUGUCAAGUUUGGACAAAAUGUUCAAAGAUCUAUCCUUGCGGAAUUUGCUUUCUACCAGCUUAGGCUACCAAAGCUGCAGAGGCGACCUGUAUUGUUCAGUACUAAGUGAAAAACUGUGUUUAGCACACGGUGUCAUCGACACUAAGGGUAGUUUUUCGAAUUUGCUGAAAGCCUCACACCUAACACCUUCAAUUUCACAUCUUAAGCCGCACCUAUCUUCGUAAAAAGACCACCAUCGCUCACCAUGCCAUUUGAAAGCACUGAUUUCUUAGAAGUCUGUCAGGCAGAAGGAUUUCCAACCCCGGUGUCCAACUGGACCAGGCUUCUUCAGGCAUUUCCCUCGGCGAGAACUGAAGUGAGUGGAGAAAUCCUUACCAUCAGAAACCUCACUACUACCGACAGUGGAUUAUACGAGUGUGAAGUAACAAACAACAUGGGAACAAAGAAGACUAGGAUGAACUUAGUUGUACAGACAGGAGGUGAGUAUCACUUAACUGAAACUAACAUCGGAGCAAAAUCGCUUCUAGGCAAAAAUACACAGAAAAAAAAACACCAAACACGAAAAACAAAACAAAAAAAAUAAGAAGAGUAAAAUUGUGAAUGGUCACUGAAUACAAGUAAUUUAUUGAGGUUUUUGUCGAUGAAGACUCAUCAAACAUAACGUACUAUAGCACUUGGUAGCCGUCAUUUGGAUGGUCACACUUAAUGAUUUCAUCCACAGAUUGACACUCAAUAGUUUGAGCGACCUUGUGUUCAACAUAUUGUGACUCACAAUAUACAGGAAAGUACUGCUGAGUAGCUUCCAUUCGACUAGCCACUCUUCAGAAUUUUUAGAACCGCCUUGUAAAGCGUUAUUUUAAUAACGCUGUUAAAACAGUCCUACAGGACUAAAGUACCGAGUUUAAUUUGAAUGGUCAAACUUUAGGAUUUGCUCGAUCCACAGAAUCAGACUGAGUUAGAGCCACCUUAUACAGCUUAUUAAUAGUCAGUGCCACAAGAAAGUACCGUUCAGCAGCUUUCAUUUACCGUGACACUAUAGGAUUUCGUCUACAAACUCAAAAGCUAGAACCACCCUGUAGACAGCUAAUCAACUUACAGGCUUCAUCCGAUACACUCAAAAGGUACAUAAAACCGCUUUGUACAGCAUAAUAAGUAGUCGCAAAGAAAUGAAUAGAAUUCGGCUUCAUUACUCAUUGAUCCGACUUUCAGAGACCUCUGUGACGUACGCAAUCUUUCAUGUUGAUGAUUCUACACCAGAACAAUGGGAGGCAAGAAAGGCUUCCGGUUCCAAACGUUUUAAUAUACUUAUCUAAUGCCCUAAAAGCCCUAAAGCUCAUCGAGGGUCAUUUAUCUUUGACACUACAUUACAAUUACAGGGCAUUUAGUACAGAUUGUCCUAGCUAUACGCUGUGACUGCAUGUAUGGAAUUCAGUUUUUUUGUUGCUGUUAGUAACGGCCGCUGUACAAUUUUCUUACCCCUUUUUUAGUGGAUUGUGAGUGUUGGAUCUCAAGAAGCACAACGCCAUCAGUUGGCUACAACUACAACUGGCGAAGAUAUCAGACUUCCCCGGCAGAUGCUUUCAACUUUCAAACCAGUAGCAAUGUCAUAUUACGAGGCUAUUACCUAUGGAAUAAUAGGAGAUUGUUCCCUAGUAACGGCUUCAGAAUUGAGCUAUACCAAGGAAAUACCACUAUUGCCGCGAAAAAUGGUACCUAUGACCCCAGCCUUUAUCGCGCAUAUACAUUUCCAGUGUUCUUUCCCCGUGUGGUUCACUUAGAGGCAGGUGUUAACUAUACUGCGGUUAUAAAAGUUCAAGGAAGUAGGUCCUACCAGGCAGAAAAUAUCGCAGUGAACAACAAUGUCUGUUCAGGGGUUAAUGUUGCAUUUGAGAAAUCUAGCCUUUUGUACUCAGGCUCCUACCGUUAUGCUCGUCAGAUUUCUGGGUUAAUCUUUCUCAGUUUGAAAUGCUAAUGGUAUGCAUUCUAAGUACAUCUAACUCAGCUUCCUGGGUCCAAGUGUUUCCUUUUAACGCAACUGCGUGAUCGAUCGGCAUGAAUCAGA